GCAGCUGGGGCCCAGUGGAGUGGAGAUGCUGAGAUGCAACACUACCGGAGCGAAUGAAACGUACUGCCUGGAUGAGUGCGGGGGGUAUGAAGGGGAGCUAUCCGGUAUCGACCACUUCCUGUACCGCUAUUACAUGACGUGUGGAUCCGGCCCAGAGUAUUUUCCGUUCACCAUCAACUGCUACCGUGGGUGUUGCGAAGAAACGACGCGGUGCGACUGCGGCAACUAGCCUUCCGUAGACAUUAUACAAUAAUAAGAGAUGGCACUUCGCAGAGAACAUGAGCACAGAGUUGUAGCGGAGAUAAUUUGGCAGGCGAGACUGUAGUUGUUUUCUUGUUCCGAACCUCGAAAUUCCGGCACUCGGGCCCAUACCCCGGAGACCCUUGGAACCUGCUGUGUUUGCUGCUUGUUUCUUGUUUUUGUUGUUGAGCUGAGACACAAGCGCGCCUUCGCCCCUUGUGCUCACUCUCUUCUAGCACCCAUCAAAGACUGACCAGGGAGUCAGUUGAUAAGAACAUCUAUCUUCAUUUCUUUUUCCGAAGCUCGCUCGGGCCUACCGAUCUCACAGCCGUCACCGUGGUGACAGCAGUGUAACCUCUGUGAUAGACUACAAAGUCUACGAGCUACAGCAGCACCGCCACCUCCGCUGCUGCAGAACGCCACAUAUGUGA